AUGGGCGAGGAAGAAACGAGCGAUGAAUCGGUGCAGCAACCGGAGAAGAAAGUGGAGGAAGAGCGGACCUUCAAGUGCCAGUACUGCGACCGCACCUUCACUAGCUCGCAAGCGUUGGGCGGCCACCAGAAUGGCCACCGGCGGGAGCGGGACGCCAAGACAAGAGCCGAGCACGAGGCUGAGAUCUACGGCAUGCAAGCAGCAGCGCCGAUGCCUCCGCCUUCAUCCAUCCCGUUCUUGCACGCCAACCACUCGUUCAUGCACGCAGCCAGACACCAUUUCCGGCCGUCAGCCUAUCCGCCAUACCACCACAUCCCGAGACAUUCUCAUCGCUACCAUCCUUAUCAUUUGCCUCACAGCUUCAACAACAACGGCAGUGGUUUCUCAACAUCGAGGUUCGAUCAAAGGCACCUCCCCAGAUUUGCUUCUCCCUAUUACGCUGGACUUGCGCGAAGAGAGGAGGAGCUCCGGCGGCAUGCGUACUGGCAAGGAAGCUACACCCCCGGUUUUGCAGGUUAUCUGAGGGCACGACCACCGACAGCAACCAUGUCAAGGCCAUCAACAUCCACAAACCCAACCCUAUCACUUAAGCCACAUGCCGGUGCGGCUGCAAACGAUACCAAUGCAAACCAGGAGGAGAUAGACCUGACACUACGUCUGUGA